AUGGAGGAGAUAUAUUGGACAGAUAUUUGUGGAAAUUCUAGCCAAUACUCGCCUUUCUGGGUAAGUAUUUUGUGGACAGGUAUACUGAAAGUUUGGAACACCUCCAAGGCAGCAUGUGUCUACACACAAGAGGACAGCCCAGUUGCCUUGGCAGCAAGAAGCAGGGAAGUUGAAGAAAGUGACCAAAGGUCAAACAUUACUCAAGCCAUACACUGUCCAUGCAAUGGGGCUAUUACAGUGGUCACUUUUGACCAUUAUAUCAUAAUGUUUGACUUGGAGGGGUUUGAAGUGAAAAAGCAGUUUGCAGGUUACAAUGAUGACAUCCUAGACAUCCAUUUUCUUGGGGAGCAGGAAAGUCACAUUGCUGUGGCAACAAACAGUGAACUUAUCAAAGUGUUUGAGUUGAGCACCUGGAACUGCCAGAUUCUCCAUGGCCACACAGAUAUUGUGCUUAGUUUAGAUGUCUACCAAAAAGGAAACCUUCUAGUCAGCAGUUCUAAGGAUAACAGUAUCAGGCUAUGGCAAAUAGAUGGUGAUACUCAGAAAAUGAGCUGUGUAGCUGUAGGUCAAGGCCACACCCAUGCUGUUGGAGCCGUAGCAUUUUCAAGGUAA